CUUUAUGAGUUUCGCAUGUCAGUGAAAAGAAAUUUUGGAAUUAGAUAUUUUGUUCCUCUUUGAAAAUUUCAAAAUUCGUAAAAUUAAAAUUUAAUCCUCUCGAGCAUACGAUCUAUGCAACUCCGUUACAACCAGGUGUUUCGGGGAAUAUGAAUAUUAGCAGGUGAUGUUUCGACCCGUCAAAUACUAUCUUUAGAAGCUUAAUCAGAGUGGAGCUUUUAAUCCCACGUCAAAUACUGGGACUGCGCGUCUCGCGCCCGGCCACCCUUCCUUCCCUCCUCGAUCGUGCGGCUGCACCACGGUUUCGCGCGCCAACGAGACCAACAUGCUGAGCUCGUCGGCGUCGAGGCGGGAGGCCGCGGCGGCUAGGACGGCCAAGAGCGGCGAGCUCCCCAAGUCCGCGGCCAUCUCCUGGAAGGACGUCGCGGCCACCGCCAAGAGCGGCGAGCUUUCCAAGGCGGUGGCUGCCGUCAGGGAGCCCGCGGCCGUGCACCAGGAGGGGUGGAUGGUGCGCUACGGCCGGCGGAAGAUCGGCAGGUCCUUCUUCCACACGCGCUACUUCGUGCUGGAGAGCAGGCUGCUCGCCUACUACAAGAAGAAGCCCAAGGACAACAUGGUGCCGCUCAAGUCUCUGCUAAUAGAUGGGAAUUGCAGGGUGGAGGAUAGAGGGCUCAAAACACAUCAUGGUCAAAUGAUUUACGUCCUGUGCAUUUAUAACCAGAAAGAAAAGGAGCAUCAAAUCACGAUGGGUGCAUAUGAUAUUGAAGAUGCGCUGGCCUGGAAAAACAAGAUAGAGCUCAUCAUUGUUCAGCAACCAGACUCUAUGACAGCUAAACACCAUAAGGCGUUUGCUACAAUGGACUUUGACAUGGAACUUGGAGGGCAGUUUUCAUUCUCGGAUCGUGACAGUGCAGCUGAAGACGAAGAGGAACGCCCUACUUUGACUCGCAGGACAACUAUAGGGAACGGUCCCCCCGAUUCAAUACAUGAUUGGACCAAAGAGGCUGAAAUUGGUCUGUCCAAUCAGAAUGACCCCAAUCAAGUUUACUCCAAGAAGAAUUGGCGACUACUUAGAUGCCAAAAUGGAUUGCGCAUAUUUGAAGAACUUCUGGAAGUUGAAUACCUUGCAAGAAGCUGUAGCCGAGCUAUGAGGGCUGUUGGUGUAGUGGAAGCCACAUGUGAAGCCAUAUUUGGGAUGGUGAUGAGCAUGGAUGUAACAAGAUAUGAGUGGGACUGUAGCUUUCGCCACGGUAGUUUAGUUGAAGAGGUUGAUGGUCACACUGCAAUACUAUAUCAUAGAUUGCAGCUGCAUUGGUGUCCAAUGUUAGUCUGGCCUCGGGAUCUAUGCUAUGUUCGGUAUUGGCGGCGUAAUGAUGAUGGAAGCUACGUUGUGCUAUUUCGAUCUACAGAGCACUCAAACUGUAGCGGGCAGCGAGGAUUUGUGAGGGCUUUUAUUGAAAGUGGAGGGUUCAAGAUUUGUCCUCUCAAGUAUCGCAAUGGAAGACCCCGUACUCAGGUUCAACACCUUAUGCAGAUUGACCUGAAGGGAUGGGUCCUGAAUUACUCUCCUUCCUUUCAGUAUCAUUCUUUGCUGCAGAUACUGAAUUGUGUUGCUGGGCUGCGUGAAUAUUUUGCACAAACAGAUGAUAAAAUCCAUAUAACUCCAAGGAUUCCUGCAAUGGAGAGCAUGGUUGAUGCGGCUUCAUCACAAAAGGAUCAGAAGCUUCAAAAAGUUGACUCCAAGACUAAACCAGAAGAUAAAGGACAAGCAGAAAAUAAAAACAUGGGAACGAUUGAUGAAGAAUCGGAUGAGGAUGAGGAGUAUCAAGUUCCUCAAGCUAAUAUAGAGGAUUGCCCUAAUAAGUCUGACAAUGAAGCUAAACACACAGAUGAGUCUCCAGAAAAUAUAGAUUUUUCUUGCUUUUCUGGGAUUCUCCAUCGUGAUGCAGAAGAGAAAAGCCGCAACUGUUGGACAGUACCAGAUAGCAAGAUUUUUAAAGUUCGUAGCAAGAACUUCCCGCAUGACAAAUCAAAGAUACCUGCAGCAAGUUAUCUCAUGGAGCUUGCAGCCAUUGACUGGUUUAAGGACACCAAGCGUAUGGAUAAUGUUGCCAGGCAACAAAGUUGUGUUGCUCAGGUUGCUGCCAAGAAAGGGAUGCAUACAUUUGUUGCCAACAUACAGAUUCCUGGAUCAACUCAUUAUAGCCUGGUCAUGUAUUUUGUCACGAGUUCCUUGAAAAAGGGAUCAUUACUGCAGCGCUUCUUUGAUGGUGAUGAUGACUUCCGCAAUAGCAGACUGAAGCUUUUACCAUCCGUACCUAAGGGCUCUUGGAUAGUGCGGCAGAGUGUUGGCAGCACCCCUUGUUUGCUGGGAAAGGCUGUUGAUUGUAGCUACGUACGAGGUCCUGGCUAUCUGGAGGUGGACAUUGACAUUGGUUCUUCUGCAGUAGCAAAUGGAGUUUUGGGCCUGGUGUUUGGUGUUGUCACAACAUUAGUGGUUGAUAUGGCUUUCCUAAUACAGGCAAACACAUAUGAUGAGCUCCCGGAGCAAGUUAUAGGCGCAGCUCGGCUGGCUCAUGUGGAACCGGCUACAGCAGUAGUUCCUGACCUUGAAAACAACAUUGACAGCAACAAAGAUAACAACAGCAGCAGCAACGACGAUAACAACAACACUACGUCCUCGGAGGAUGAUUUGUCAAAGAAAACCAACUGAUUUGGCCUUUCUUUGAGGACUUGGAUAAGCAACACAUAUUAUUUGAUUCUUUUUCUCUCUCUUUGUAAGCUCCAUUCGUUCUCAAGUACUGCACCAACUUGCAGUCUGGCAGUUGAUCUCCACGAGCUCCUAUAAUUGGGUUCAUAACUGGAGACAUCAA